AUGUUCCAGAAUAUUAGCAUAAGGAUUUGGAAGGAGAUCAGAGGUGCACUUUUUAUUCACUUCUGGCAUGGCACACUCAAGACUGCUGGUCCACUGGACAAUCUGGACCUCUGGGACUGGAACUACCUUGGAAAUCUUGAGGUUUUCAAGGUGCACGGACUGGACAUCAAACACAAUGGGUGA